AUGAAAUAUCGUACACCUCCAAGUCCACCAGCCCAACUCGCAGAAGGACGUCACGGGAUAGACUUGUCACAUGAGCAGGAAAGCAGAUGGUCUUCCUCCUUCAACAACACAACUGAAAUGACUACAGCUCUGACGCAGGGGUUGGAGAGGAUUCCUGAUCAAUUGGGCUAUUUGGUCAUCAGUGAAGAUGGCGUGCUUGCGUCGGCAGGAGAGAUGGAGAAUGAUGAGCACACAGCUGGGAUCAUAAUGCAGUUGGUGCGGACUGGAUGUCGGAUUAGCUCUGCUGAGCCUCCCUUCAAGCGCAUGUCAGUCAUGUGUGAAGAGUUUGCCUACGCAGUAACUGUCUCAGGCCAGAAGGUCUUUGUUGUGAAACGUCAGAACAAUCAACGAGAACCUGUGAUUGUGUAAGAUCCGCAAUACAAGACGAAGACGACCACUCCUCUACAGAUGUACAUCACUGGACAUUUGAUUGACAGCAAAUGUGUAGGAGGAUAAAGUAAAAAUGCAACAAAGUAAUGCCUGUGUGGUGGACUCAAGUAUAGAGUCCCCAUCCAUCCAGGUUAUAGAUUCAGGACAGGCCUUGUUUAGAUAAGUCCAGCAAGUCUAUAAAACGAUGCUUGUUGAAAAUCGUCUUUUUAACCUUGUCUGUAAUUACCAUCCGGAAUCUUGUACCAGCUAUGUGCACUGUUGCAAGUAUUUAAGUUGUACAUCUAUUUUUAUUGCUUUGUUGUCCAUUUUUGAAAGAUGAUAUUUAAAUAGCUAGAAGAUUGAAUAAAGUUUUACUUAUGAACAGUUA